GAUUCCUAUAUGACUUGUUUGAAAGAGAGCCUAAAAUAGUGAAGUUUUGCUUUCGGAUCGCAAUGUUUUAAUCACCAUAAAAUCAAAUGAUGAUAGGCCUACAUUAAUUUAUACAAAAUUAUGAAGUGAUAUAACCUAGUGUAUUUAAACAUGACGCUAUUACAGAUAGUGCGUGAUGAAAACGGCACAAACGGACGAAUUCCGAGAUGUGUUUGCCGCUGCAAACAGCUGAUAAAGAAUAACAAAUUUGUCUUGCUGUGCAUUUCAUGCAUUGCAAUUGCUGUCGUGAUUUUAUUCGUCGUACCUACUCUCAUUCCUUGGGGACGCAAAGAUCGGAGUGAUCCGGAAAGUGGAUACACAUCUGGCUAUAGCCACGAACAUCGUGGAAAGGUAACAGCUGUUCUUAAUGAUGAAAAUGCCUUAUUUAUCAACCAAGAUGCGUGCGACGAGUGUAUCAUGUGCAAAGCAAACGUAACUUUGGAUUAUAUUCCUUAUGAUGAAUUAAAGUGCGAAACAUCUGAUCGAAAUAUAAAGAACGCAAGCUGCUACUUUUGCAACAACACAUGUUUAACAGCCGACGAUAUAAGUCGUAUAGCGGAAAAAGAGAAGAUGAUUAAAUGCGAGAACAAUGCACCAGUAGAAAUUGAUUGCUGCUUAGUUGCGAAAAUGGCGAACUUAGAAAAUCGAUUGACUGAAGGAAGGUACGAGUGUUAUGUACAGUCUGUACACGAGCUGUACAAUAAUUCGGGAGUGCAACCGUUAUGGCACUGCCAGUCGGGGAGAAAAGGGGAGCGGUGCCAGUACCGUAAUGCAGAAACGUUCAUUUGCAAGUGUUUCAAGUACAACUACCGAUUUUAUAAUCAACACAUGCUGCCCCAGUGUAACAAUGAAACAAGAGCAUUGAGAUCGUCAGAAUGUUAUAUGUACAGAGAUAUAUAUGGUGGCCAACAUAAUUGCUACUGCAGCAAAACACCUGAUAACGAAAAUGACAACGUUGACAGCUGUGAAAGUCUCGCGGCAGACUGACGUAAAUGGAAGCUAGUUAUCUGACUGAACGUGGUAUUUACUGUUGAAGACCCAGUGACUGUUUACAAGGACUGGCAGUUUCACAUUUAAUACCGUAUUUACAUUAUAAUUAACGGUUGAAUCUGUGGUUACAACAUUUUAGCGUUACAUUGAAUAUAAUUCUACUUGUACUGAAUGCUUGCACACAAGUCUACACAACCCGUGUAUUUUAUGUUUAUCAAAGCUAAAUUGUCAAAACAAAUAUAAUUUGUGCAUGACAGA